CUUCCCAUUUCGUGUCAAUAUAUAUAUAUAUAUAUAUACAUACAUACAUCUUCCUUCCUGCUUGGUAGUCACUUGUCGAACUUCGUUCACAGAAACAGUAGGGACUGCCAUGGAUGGAUCCAGUGGACUACAUAGAGAAGAUGAAAUUGAUGCUGUACCAUUAAACAAUUCUGAAACUAAUACAGAGCCUGUGUGCAUUGAAACAUCCAUCAGUAACUCUGAUUCAUUACCCAGUCUUAGUGAAACUCCAGAAACUAAAGCAGUGCCCAUAAUUAAUGAAAAUGACAAAAAUGAUGAUGAUUCAAUACCCAAGCCUACAAAAGAAGGCAACAAUAAAAGAAGAGCAAUACCCAAAUCUAAUGAAGAUAGCGGCAAUAAAACUGAUGCGGUACCUCAACGUUGUAAUUAUCUUAGCAAGAAUACUCCUGCUACGUUCAUUCCUGAAGGAACUCGUAGCUAUAAUAUGCAAGCGGCACUCCUUCCCAAAAAGGAUCCCAGAAAAGAAUUUAACCCAAGAUGCCAUAAAGAUGAUCCAUUUCACAACCAGCCAGACUCUUCUUAUAAUGAUCAUCAUUCAGACGGAGAAAAAAUUUUAAGCAUGUUUUCACAAUGCUCGAAUAUUACUAUUGGAACAAGCAAUCUAUCCAUUGGUAACUCUAAUAUCACAAAUGUAUUCAGCUCAGAACCGAGGAAGAUAAAAUCCGAGCAUCAUAGGGAGAAAUUCAUCAAAUAUUUCAAGUCUAAUACAGUACUGACUGAGAAACACCUCAACAAAAUAGCCAAAUACUUAGGGAAUAAAUGGAAGUCUGUUGGUCGGGAUUUAGAAAUUAAAGACGCUAUGCUGGAAAACAUAGAAGCAAACUACUCAAAUAAUGUUGAAGAACAAAGUUUUCAAAUGUUAAACAAAUGGUUACAGCUUUCCAAGUCGGAGACAUGUACAACUAGCAAAUUAGCUGAAGCACUCUUUGAGGCUGAAUGUUAUGAUUCAAUUCAAUAUUUACCAUUAGAGGAGGAGUGAUUAUUAAAAAAAAAAUGUUCUCCACCAUGGUGUAUGUCUUGAAUAAGAAGAGCAUUAUUACAUCAUUUAAUUUCUAAAUAUCUGCUUAUAUCAAUAUUAAUAUCUGUUUAUACCAGUAUUAAUAUGACAUAUAUUUAAGAACCAAAAUCUUUUAAGUGCUUGGGGUCUCUAUGGGUCUUAAUCCAGCCUUGCCUACACAUAUAUGUAGUUCAAAAUAUAAACAACAAUAAACCAUAAAAUAAAUUUUUAUUUUUCAAAAUUGUUGUGGGAGAAUUCUGAACACCUACAUGCGACUGAAAACGGACUAACAGAUUUUCAAUAAAUAAAGAACUGUGUGAACUAUCA